AAAUAUCUGCUGACUGACAAUCCAUGCUUAGUCAAAGUAAUGCUGCUUUUGUAUACUUUGGAAUAAGAGACUCACAGCAUGUAAAUGCUUUUUUUCUGUUUACUUUUAACUUCUGGUUUUCUUGGAUCUGAUUCUUAGUAGGCGGUGUUAUCUUGCAGAAACUUCAUCCUCCACAUCUCUCUUUAAGCACUGAGGUCUCUUCAGUCAAGGCAUGAUUAUGAAAGCUUCUGGCUUACUCUUUUUCUUCUGUGCAACAUGCUUGACUUCUGCAACUGAAGGGAAAAACCAGCAGUUAAAGUAUAUGCGAUGUGACCAGAAGUUUACGUAUACCCAUGAUAUGCUUUGUACUUCCUGUGCUUUGGCUGCCAGAUUGUUAUGCCCAAGAGGGUGGUCAAAAAUGCUUGGAGGGGAAGGGCAGAAAACCUGCAGGUACACACUAAAGCUAGGCGAGAAUACCCUUUCAUUCUCAGGUUGUACUCAAAUGUGUAAACAGGAAAUUGAAGAGAAACGCUGCUGUCCUGGUUUCUGGGGUUCUGAUUGCUAUGAAUGCCCUGGUGGAUCUGGAAACGUAUGCAGUCACCACGGAACCUGUUUAGCAGGCAUCACACAGAAUGGAACUUGCAUCUGUGAGGAGAGGUAUGGUGGCUAUGCAUGCCAAGACUGCCGGGAUGAAACUCAUUUUGGCCCUGAUUGUCAAUCUGCAUGUGAGUGUCAGCAUGGGAUCUGCAACAAUGGACCUUCUGGUGAUGGAAGCUGCACCUGCUAUGCUGGCUACACUGGCCCGAAGUGCGACCAAGAAAUUUCCUCCUGCGGAGGUACAAUCUGUGAAUCUAAUUCCCUUUGUGUGGUGAAGAAUGGGCAGGCAAGAUGUGAAUGUAUGCCAGGGUACAUGAAAAAUGGGCUUUAUUGUCAAGCCCAGGACCCAUGCAGCUCAUCCCCAUGCUCCCAGUUCGCAAUUUGCAAGGCUAUUGGGCAAACCAAGUACACAUGUACUUGCAAAGUUGGGUACCAAGGAGAUGGGAGGAUAUGCCAACCAAUAAAUCCUUGUCUCAUUAAUAAUGGAGGCUGCCCUGGAAAUUCUAGCACCUGUAGAUUUGUAAGACCAGGCGAGUCACUUUGCAUGUGUAAGCCAGGAUUCAGCAAGCAGGGAAAUGGUAAGGACUGCUUAAACACCCUUCAGUGUCAGCCGCAUAACUGUGAUAGAAGUGCAAGGUGUGAAAUUGACCUGGAUGCAAUAAGAUGUACCUGCAAAGAUGGAGAAAUUGGAGAUGGCAGGAAGUGUUACAAAACCAUAUUGAAGGAGAUCACUUCUCUGAAUGCAGCAGGAAGACAUUCCAGAACACUGAACAGUGCAAUAAAAAUGUUUGAAUUGGGUUGCUCAUUUCUCCUGGAAAACUAUGGGCCUUUCACAGCGUUGGUACCAACCAGUCAAUACUAUAGGACAGCUGAAUUUAGUGCCACAUUAGCAAAUGAUUUAUGCAAACUGCACGUAAUCCCUGGGCAGCAUUUGCUGGAUAAUACCAACAUGGACCUGUGGACAUUGUCUGGCCAGAAAGUGACAUUCUUCAAUCAGGGGUUAAAUGUCAAGAAGUACAAGUAUUCAGAUGUACUAGACCAAUAUUUGAUCAAAGAACGAAAUGUGCUAGCUGCUAAUGGAAUAAUACACAUUGUCAGCUUUCUAAGGAAAAUGCCCUCCUUGGACAACCUUGGGAAUUCUCAGAAAACAAUUGGCGCAAUUAUUGCUUCAAUGGAGAUCGCUAGCCGAUUUGAAACCAUUUUGGAAAACUGUGGUCUGCCUUCAAUUCUAGACGGCCCAGGACCUUUCACUGUGUUUGUACCAAGUAAUGAAGCAGUGGAUAAAUUAAGAGACGGAAGACUAAUUUAUCUCUUCACAGAGGGAAUAAACAAGCUCCAAGAACUUGUGAAGCAUCAUAUCUACACAAAAGCAGCGGUGAAAGUAGAACAGCUGGUUACGAUGCCACAGAUUCUGACCACGGCAAAUCAGGUCCUGACAAUCCGAUUUGGUGAGGAUGGAAGAAUUCUGAUGGGUGACUCUGACGUUGCCUUGAACAAAAGGAAUAUCUUGGCAUCAAAUGGUGUCAUUCAUACCUUAGAUGGCAUCUUCAUUCCUCCAUCAAUAAUCCCCAUUCUGCCACACAAAUGCAAUGAAAAGGAUUAUAAAGUUGUAGCGGGAUCUUGUGUUGACUGUGAUGCCCUUAACACCAGUGUUUGCCCACCUGAAAGCACAGUUAUGGACCAUGGGCUCAUUCCAGAGGAAUGUGUGUACAUCCAUGAUCCGCUAGGCUUGAACAUGAUGAAGAAAGGUUGCAAAAGAAGCUGCAACCAAACUGUGGUGGCACCUGGAUGCUGCAAAGGGUUCUAUGGUCCUGCCUGCACCCCAUGUCCUGGUGGAUUUACCAGUCCAUGCUAUGGCAAAGGAAGUUGCAAUGAUGGGAUUCGAGGGAAUGGUCAAUGCCGCUGUUUUGAGCAUUUCCAAGGGAGUGCCUGCCACGUUUGUUCAAACCCAAGCAAGCAUGGAGAGAACUGUGAUGAAGAUUGUGGCUGUGUCCAUGGAAUUUGUGAUAAUAGACCAGGAAGCAAGGGAGUGUGCAAGGCCGGGUCGUGCAAAGCUGGAUACACCGGGGAAUUUUGUGACAGGAGCUCUCAGAAGUGUGGGACUUCCACUGCCUCUCUGAAUUGCCAUUUGAAUGCAGUCUGCAGCCUGAACGACACUAUAAGGUGUGUCUGCCUUGAUGGAUAUGAAGGGGAUGGGUUUUCAUGCGAGCCCAUUGAUGUCUGCAGCAAGCCAGAACGGGGAGGAUGUUCAGAAAAUGCCAUGUGCAACAGUACAGGCCCUGGCACAGCAACCUGCCAGUGUAACAAGGGCUGGACUGGAGAUGGAAAUGACUGUAUUGCCAUUGACAACUGUGCAAUGGAAACAAGAGGAGGCUGCCACAUCAAUGCUGAUUGCAACUAUAUUGGGCCUGGACAGAGCAGUUGUGUGUGCAAGAGAGGUUAUAAUGGUGAUGGUUACAGCUGUGACCCUAUUGAUCCUUGCUUGAUGGACAAUGGUGGCUGCCAUGAAUUGGCUAAAUGUCAGUCUCUUGAUACUGGAGAGAAGGCUUGCCGUUGUUCUGAUGGAUAUAUGGGAGAUGGAGUUCUGUGCUAUGGUGACCUAAUGAAGGAGUUAGCAAGGAAUUACCACUUUUCUACCUUCUAUGAGUGGAUUAAGAACUCCUCCUUCAGCAUCCCAGAAGGAGCCAACGUGACUGUUCUAGUGCCACUGAAGGAAGCCAUCCAAAACCUGAGUAUGGAUGAAAAAGAUUUCUGGCUGCAGCCAAAGAUGCUACAGCUGCUUGUCAGGGUCCACUUCCUUCAGGGUUCUUUCACAAGUGAGCAACUCAGAGAAUAUGUGGGCCAGGAGCUACUCACCCUCAGUCCACGGAGCAGGUGGAAAAUUAGCAACAGCAAUGGGGCUAUAACUAUUCAGAAUGCAAGUAUUAUAUUGGGCGACAUCCCUGCCAUUAACAGCACUAUUUAUAUCAUCAAUAAGGUUUUGUUGCCCACAUUGGGUGACAUCCCUCCAAGAGCUCCAGGUCUGCAGCAGCAACUUAAUGCAACACCUUCCUUCAGUAGGUUCAAAGAACUGCUAGAGCAAUACCAGUUGAUUGGAAAGAUUGAGUCAUCUGAAAAAUAUACUAUUUUUGUCCCAGGAAAUAGUUCAAUUGAGAAAUACUGCCAAGCUUCUAAUAUUACACAGCUGGACAGUGACACUGUACGGUAUCAUGUCAUAAUUGGAGAUAAACUGUUGCCCAGUGACCUGAAAAGUGGAUUUCACAAAAGCACAAUGUUAGGAUUAUCCUAUUGGUUGAUGGUUUACAAGAACACCACUCAGGCGUAUGUAAACAACAUCCUCUUGAACGGUCAGUUUGUUGAAACAAGAAAUGGGAUGUUGAUUGGGGUUUCUGAAGUUCUACCAAUUCAAAAAAACCGUUUGCCUAUCAAUAUGGUAACAGUACAAAAGUCGAGAUGUGCAAAGUGCAACAAAAAGAUCAGGUGCCCAUACGGAUCAGCACUUGCUGAAACACCAGGUGAUGGGAGUCUCCCUCGCUGUGAACUAAGGUCUGGAGGCCGCAAAAUAGUUGGCUGUCAUUUCACCUGCAUCACAGUUUCCUUAGUCUCUGCCUGCUAUCCAGGUUACUAUGGCCAUAUGUGUGAGAUGUGCCCAGGAAAACCAGGCAAUUGGUGUUCUGGAAAUGGGGUGUGUCAAGAUGGCACUGAUGGCAAUGGCGAGUGCCAGUGUCAUGAAGGUUACCAUGGAACUGCCUGUGAAAUGUGUCAGCCAGGAAGAUAUGGAGCCAACUGUAAAUCAGAAUGCAACUGCAGGCAUGGAAUAUGCAAUGAGGGUCUCCUGGGGGAUGGAAGCUGCACAUGUUCCACAGGCUUUAAAGGGGCUAGUUGUGAUGAAGAAGUUGGAAAGGAUUUCUGUAAUGGCACUUGUGAUAAGCACGCUAAUUGUGUCAAUGGCUCUGCUAUUACCCGACCCACUUGCUUGUGUUCUGCUGGAUACACUGGGAAUGGAACAUCUUGUACAGAAAUAGAUCCCUGUGCAGUGGGCUAUGGUGGCUGCUCCAUACAUGCCAACUGUACAAAAGUUGCAGCUGGUCAAGCAACCUGUCUUUGUAAAGAUGGCUAUGCUGGAGAUGGGACUAUAUGCCGGGAAAUUGAUCGGUGCUUAGACAAGAACGGAGGAUGCCACCAGUUUGCAGAGUGUGUUAAAACAGGCCCAGGUCUGGUAGCCUGUAACUGUCUUCCCAAGUUCACUGGUGAUGGUGUUAAUGAAUGUAAACCCAUCGACCCUUGCAAGGAGGAUAACGGAGGCUGCAGUCCACUUGCUAUAUGCCUUAAUACUCGUACUGGGAAUCGAACCUGCAUCUGUUUAUGGGGUACUGGAGAUGGGUUUACAUGCAUAACCACUGUGUGGCAGGCACUCGGUAAAACAGAAGCUGCAUCUACAUUCUUUAACUAUUUAUGGACCUAUAACACUGUCGAGGUGAUGGGAUCUGGACCAUACACUGUUUUCGUCCCACAUGUUGAUUACCUAAAGAACAGCACCACAUUUUCAGAAUGGCAAAGGGAGGGUUUCAUCAAAGAUUUGCUUCGCUAUCACAUAGUUGGCUGUCAGCUGUUACAGACAGAUGACUUGGAGUUACAAAAUUCUAUCACAGCUUUAUCUGGACCCAAAAUAAAGAUUUCUGUGAAAGAGAACAGUGUAUAUUUAAAUGAUGAGGCAAAGAUAAUUGAAAGUGACGUUACUGGACUGAAUGGUGUCAUACAUUUCAUUGACAAGAUCUUAAUCCCAUAUGACCUGCAGAAUUUCAGCAUUUCAUCCAAACUAUCACAGAAAACCAUCACAGAGGUUGCUGAUGCUUAUGGAUACAAAAUCUACAGCAAGCUUCUAGUGGAGGCGGGACUUCUCAGUCUGGUUAACAAUACCUUGCACCAACCCUUCACCAUGUUGUGGCCUACAGAUUCAGCAUUUAAUUCUCUCCCUAAGGAUAUGCAAAAAUGGCUGUAUCAUAGAGAACACCGGAGCAAGCUGGCUGAUUAUCUCAAAGGGCACAUGAUCAGGGACAUGCGGCUAUCAGCUUCCAAGCUGACAGAGUCUGCUCCUUUAAGAACUAUGCAUGGAUCAACCGUCUCAUUCGGCUGCAGCAAAACAAGUGCCGGGGACAUUCUGGUGGACAAUGGCAAUGCAAAGAUCAUACAGCGGUAUAUGGAAUUUAAUGCAGGUAUUGCUUAUGGUAUUGACCACCUGCUGGAACCUCCGGAUUUAGGAUCCCGUUGUGAUGAGUUUCGUAGUGUUGAGAGUUCGAAUUCUGUGUGUGGUUCCUGUGACUUUUUGCCUACUUGUCCUAUUGGAACAAAAGAAUUGGGAGAGAGCCAGAGUUGUUAUUAUUUUGGAGAUCCACUUCUCAUCACUCCAUGGUAUCGCCGUUCUGAAAGGAGGUCUUCCCGGUUGUACCAUUCACGUGGGGGAAAGAGAUGGCAUCCUCUUUCAAGGUCUUUGAUUAAGGGCUGCAAGAGAACUUGCUUUACCACUGAGUGGGUACCUCAGUGCUGUGCAAACCACUAUGGAAAAGAUUGCCAUGUGUGUCCUGGAGGGCUUGAAGCACCAUGCAGUAAUCGUGGUACUUGUGAUGAUGGCCACGGAGGCUCAGGAUGGUGCAACUGCAGCCUGGCUUUCGUUGGGACAGCUUGUGAGAACUGUGCCCCAGGCCAUUAUGGGCCAGAGUGUAAAGAAUGCAGCUGUACAGAGAAUGGAAUAUGCAAUGAAGGUUUGCAUGGAGAUGGCUUCUGCUUUUGCACUGCGGGAUGGACAGGACAGCGUUGUGAGACUGAACUAGCUGUGAUGCCCGAAUGUUCUCCAGCCUGCCAUCGUAAUGCUGUGUGCCGGUCCAACAAUGCCUGUGAAUGCAGCCUACAUUAUGAGGGAGAUGGAAUAACAUGCACAGUGAUUGACCAGUGUGGGAAUGACAAUGGUGGCUGCAGUGACUAUGCCAGCUGCACACAGGUCGGGAUUGAUGUUUCCUGUAGCUGCUUAUCAGACUAUGAAGGCGAUGGCUACAUCUGCAGCCCUGUUGACAGGUGUGCAGAUGGCAGAAAUGGAGAUUGCAGUGAACAUGCCACUUGCAUCAACACAGGUCCUAAUUCUCGGAGGUGUGAGUGCAAAGCAGGUUUCAUUGGAAAUGGAAUCCAGUGCUCGGAGGAAGCUAUCCCACCCACAGACCGUUGCUUGGAAGAGAAUGGGCAAUGCCACCCUGAGGCUCUUUGUAGUGACCUGCAUUUCCAAGACAAAACAGUCGGUGUCUUUCACCUGCAGUCUCCCCAGGGAAAAUAUAACUUUACUUAUCAAGAGGCUGAAGCCAGCUGUGCAGCUGAGGGAGCUACUGUGGCCACUCUUAAGCAGCUGUCUGCCGCCCAACAGAUGGGUUUCCACCUGUGCAUAGUAGGUUGGCUUUAUAACAGGACAGCAGGCUAUCCAACUGUGUACCCAAGUGGGAACUGUGGUAUUCAUCAUGUUGGGAUUGUGAAUUACGGCUUUCGAAGUAAUGUCAGUGAGAAGUGGGAUGCUUACUGCUACAGAGCUCAAGAUGUACAGUGUGUUUGUAGGGAUGGGUUUAUUGGAGAUGGCUAUACCUGCACAGGGAGUCUUGUAGCAGUGCUGGCCCAGCGUGCAAACUUCUCAGUUUACUAUUCUAUGGUACUGGAUUAUGCCAAUGCCACCCAAGAAGGAUGGGAAUUUUUGGAUUUCCUCUCCACAGACACCACUUCCAAAACGCUUUUUGUGCCCCUGAACUCUGGCUUUGGAGACAAUGCAUCUUUAACACUGAAUGACCUGAAGCUUCACGUAUCGGCAAGUGAUGUGGCCCUCCUAAGCUUCAAUCUCACAGCUGGUACAAUUAUACCUUCCCAGGCAGGAUACAACCUUUCCAUUGCAGAUUCUGUGAGCAACACCCAGCUCUCUAGUUCUAAGAUGAUUAAUAAUACAGUGAUAAUUGAGUGGGAUAUUCUGGCCUCCAAUGGGAUCAUUCAUGCUAUUGAGGCACCAUUGAAGGCACCUCUUCAACAUGAGCAGCUUGAUCAGGUUACUGGUGCUGCAAAAUCACCUGCUGCUGUGACCACUGGUGUAAGCACUGUUGUUGCCAUAGUGCUAUGUGCAGCAAUUGCUGGAGUAUUCUACUUCUAUGUCAAAAGAAAGAACCAAGGAUUCCAGUUUCGCUAUUUUAAGGCUGAGCUAGAGGAUGAAGAGCCUUCACCUUGGGAGGAAAGGAACCCACACCUGGUGUCCAUUCCAAAUCCCAUUUAUGGAGCAGACAGCUCAAUCUAUGAGCCAUUUAAGGAUUCUUUCACUGGAGAAGAUUUUUCAGAUAGCUAUGGAAUUUUUGGGGAUUAAUAAGCAGGAAACAAUUUUCACAGAAGCUAUGUCAUGCAGUAUGGUCCUGCUUGUGAUGGACUGCUUGAGAAGUCUUGCCUGUCUAUGCAAUGGGAGCAAAUUAAUAAGUGCCUUUGGAUUUAAUUGUAAAUGUUAAGUGAAACAUACCUCAGUUCCAUUCCUCUUCUUUAAGCCAUGAGCAGGAAAUUGGGCUCCUUGCCCUUGCAUGCAACUGGGGACUUUGCCAAUUUUCUUAAUUUUUUCUUAAAUCUGAAUGUAGGCCCUACUGCUAUAUUGGAUGCCGUCUUUAAGAGUCCUCCAUCCUCUGACUAUUUGACUGUAAGGAGCUGCAGUGGGGGAUGAAAAGUAAUGUUGCAUGCUUUGGAUCCUGCCCAUGCAACUUCAGGCUUAAACUUAGGGAAUAUCAGACACAUGAAUGUUUUUGGUCAGUGGAUGCUGUGGAGAACCUUCAGCAGGUCAAUAAAAUCUUAGUUCAGAGAUGGACAGUUGGAUCAUUUUACUCUGAAAAUGCACUGUGGAUCCUUCUGCUGAUCUUUUUUAAAAUGUUACUCAGAAGACAGUUUGAAAUAAUACUGCCUGGUUUAUAAUCCUACUGAAUGAAUUUAUUGUUUUGAGAAUGAUAAAUGUUUGUAAAAGAUUGUAAACAAGUAAAUGUUGUCAACCUUCAUUAAGCUUUUGGUCAUUUUGAACCAGGAGGUAGUUAUGCUUAUUUCAACAUUUGGUAAGGCUACUUAAUGGUGAAAAUAAGUGUUAUACCCUUAUGGCUGAGAUUCCAUUAUUUGUAAUCCCCACCCCACUCGUGUAAGAAAAGAUUGCAAGACAGUGUUAAGAAGAAAACAUUAGCCCAUGGUGAAAUACUUCAUUAUCUUUGUAAAAAUAGUACAUUGUGUUUUACAAUAACCAACUAAAGCAAUGUUCUACACUCUCAAGGACACUUACAUUAUACAUAAUCAUGGAGCGCACACACACAUAAUAAUCUGACCUUCUUUGUGAACAGACUUGCAAAUCAAAACUAUUGUACCAAGUGCAGACAAAAUCGUAUCAAAAUCAUUAUCCCAGUUCUUCAGAUUCCAAGCUACCUGUGUUGUACAGAGCAGGCUACUUGUAAAAAAAUGAAGGUAGUGCUAUCUGAGGACUUUCAAUAAAUGAAUACAAAAAAAAACUACAAGACAAUUGUUGGAAUAGUUCAGAUUGCAAAUACUUGGUAGUAAAUAGUUUAAACAAGGACCGGCAAAGUAAUCUAGUAAUAUAUUUGCUGUAAAAUGCAGUAAAUAACGAAAACAUAGCAAGCUUAUUUGUAGCUCAGCAAUUUCAAAUGAAAAAUGUAAUAAAUAUAUUAAAUCUUACAACUUUAUAUUCAAGUGUUAAAUUUCUUCUUCCAUCUAAAUGUCUAGCCAAAACUGCUAAGAAAACUGGGUUUUUUUAUUAAUGGAUUUAACAUUUCAUAUUAUGUUCAGGAACGAGGCCACAGGUGGCUUUAUGGGACAGGAAUCAUUAUAAUGGUGGUUCAUUUUAUCAUUUCUGUGCAGUAUAAGUUUACUUGGCACAUUUAAAACAGACAACUUUAUGAAGGAAAUGAACUAAUUUCAAACCUUGGUCAGUGUAAGUGCCCUUUGAAUUUCUGGAAAGGUAAUUUUAAGAAUUUGUUUUCAAAAUCCUUUAGUUUAAAUAGCCGUCUACUUUCUCUUGGUGUAGAACUACACAUCAAGAACAAACAUGCACUUCCUACCCCUAUGUUCAUCUGUUAAUGAGAAUGUAUGGAUUGUAUAGUUACCAAGGAAUAAUUGUAUAUUAUGACAUCAUCCUA